UCUUAUUCCAAAUUCAUAUUCAUAUUCGUUAUUAAUAAAUCCUCGACGGCUGUGAGCAAUCCACAUCGAUUCCCGCUCCGAUUCGGCAUGAUUCGGCGAUUGUCUGGCGAGUAUUGAGAAGAAGUCAUGGGCUGUGCCAGCAGCACUCCCAUGGUUGCAACGGCGGGCAGCGAAAUGCUGAAAGCCGCCAGCCAUGUCAAACAGAAGGGCGAGGCCGCCGUCGAAGGUGCCUCUGAAACGCUGACCACCACUUUGGAUACGGCCAAGGAGACCGUUGGCACGGCGGUGGCCGGAAUUACCAAUGAGCUGGGCAACGCCUUUAAGGAGGGCACUCAGGCUGUGGACGAGGCCAAGCACAAGGUGAUGGAGGGUCUGCACCUGGAAAAGCCCACCGAAUCCGAGGCGAAGACGGAGGCGGUGGAGACCACAGCUGAGAUAAGCACUUCCCGGGCUGCGACACCCCAAAUUCAGGAAGAUGCGGAUAGCCUGAAGACUUCGACUCCGGAGCCGGAGAUCGAAAGGGCCUUGGCCAACGAGGAGGAGAGUCCACCCACUCCAAAGCCCUCGCUGGAGGAGAUGGUCCAGCUGAGUGCCGAGGUCUCCCAGGUGGCAGAUGCACCUGCUGUUCCUGCCACCGAGUCCUCCGCUCCGGCAACUGAGGCCCCUCCAACCGAAUCCUCCGCACCCGUGGAAACUCGAAAAGUGCGUCGCAAGCUCGUGGGAAAGGAUAAAAAGGGUCAAGAGCAGCAGCGACCCAGUACAACUGAAUGGGAAAAGUUCGCGGAUCAGUUGGCCAAAAGCAAGAAGUUCAAGCCGUAUGAGAGCUUUGCCCACAGCCAGAAUAAGUUCUCCGUUUACCAGGAUCACACGAGUUUGCGGGACAAGCCGAAUCACUACGAUGGUCAUUUUAGCGGUGGAAACUCGCUGAGUGCCUCCCAAUCGGAUUUAUCCAGUGGUCACAUAACUCCAGCCCCCACGCGUCGAGGUCAGCGGGAGUUCGCCAAGUUCGUGGGAUCCGAACAGCCGGGCAGUAUUUCAAGGUCGAGUUCCAGGCUCUCGAAUGCCGCCACUUCCAGGACCUUUGACUUUAAUCCUCAACGCGAACGCAUUAGUCUUCCAGUGACCACUCGCAUUGGAUCCGGGAUCCAAAGAGCUCCUGCGGAAAGGAUUCCCGGUUGGGGCAGAGGCAGGCCGGCUCCUUUGGCGGAGGAACCGGGAUUUGGUCGCAGGAUGAGCACUGGGGUAAUCCCACAGCCCUUGCGACCUGAGAGGGAGAAAUUCAUAGUGACCGGAAGUCGUCGAGUGGUACAACCCAUAACCCCAACGAAGGACGUGAGAAGGGAAAAGUCAUCCAAAAAGCAGCCUUCCAAAAAUGCUUCCUCCAGAGAAUCGUCGUAUUUGGAGUUUGAUUCCCGCAGAGCCGAUAAGAGUCCUUUAAGGAUCAAAAAACCUUUAACCAAGGAUAUAGUUCGCUCUAGAGAACCAUCUUUGAAUGAGUUUGAUUCGUUAAAGUCACAAAGAAGUCCAUUUAGAGGAUCAAAACCAAAGCCCUCCUAUAUUGAAAUUAACUCUUUUAAAGAAGGUAAGAGUCCAUUUAGAGUACAAAAAUCGUUGGCAAAGGAGGCAGUAAGAUCUAGGGAGCCCUCUCAUAUAGAAUUCAAUUCCUUUAAUGAAGAUAAAAGUCCAUUAAGAGUACAAAAAUCGUUGGCAUGCCAAAUGGUGCGAUUGAGAGAACACUCUUAUAUUGAAUUCGAUACAUAUAAAGCAAAAAAGAGUCCUUUAAGGAUACCUGAACAAAUAAAAACAAAUGAAGACCAAGAACUGCUGGAGAAGCUCAGCAAACUACACCAUAUUUCUUCAGAAGACUUACUUCAAAAAGAUCUCAGUCCCAGUACCGAAACCCCAACCCCAACAAACCAGAAUCUAUCCUCUGUACCUCAAACACCUCAAAUUACUGAAGCUCCAGAGGCUGCGGUUGCCACCUCAAAGAUGCCAUCACCAUCACCAUCGCGUGUUUCCAGCGCCAAAUCCUCAGACAGCAGUAAUUUAGAUGUGAUAAUCCAACCUAUGAGCAGUCUGAAUACACCCAGUAUGAAAUCCUUUACCCAGUCACCGGAUCAAGUGGUGAUGGAGGGAUACGAGGACUCCGAUUUGGAAGCGGCACUGGCCAGAUUGGAGAUCCUCAGAGGAUCCACUGCCACUCUACAUUCGCUAAGAUCCUGCAGUCCUGGUAGACAUACCUAUACCGCCUCUCUGCUCAGUUCGCGACGAACUUCUCCUUGGGUGAUGAGAAAGGAUUACGGAGGAUCCGUCGGAAAGGAAAAUAAGCCAUCUGCAUUGAUCGCAAGCUCUCUGAAAUCCUCACAGGCCAGCAAUCAAACAGUCGAACGCUGCGAUAUUUGCUAUAAUGAGUUUCUCCUUAAUUAA